AUGUUCAAGUGUCCAGAGGACAAAUGCAUACCGCAAUCUUGGGUUUGCAAUUAUCAAAAAGACUGUGAAAAAGGUGAAGACGAAUUACAAUCAUCGUGCGCGCCACCCGAUUGUGAAGUUGGUCAAUUAUCAUGCGGACAAUAUACCUGGAAUAAAACCUAUUGCUAUCCACCUCAUAAAAGAUGCGAUCAAGUCGUUGAUUGUUUCGAUGGAAGUGACGAAGCCGAAUGCACUUACAGAAAAUGUCAAACUGAUGAUUUUUUUUGUGGGCGCGAUACGAAAAGUCAGUGUCUUCCAAAAGAGAAAAAAUGCGACGGGUAUUACGACUGCAGAAACAAACACGACGAAGAAUCCUGUGGUCCGAAUCAUGGGGUAUCUUGUAACCUAGAUCAAUUCCGAUGCACAAACGGUCAAAGGUGUGUCGACAAUAAUUUAAAAUGUAAUCAUAGAAAUGAUUGCGGAGACAACAGCGACGAAGAAGGCUGCAAUUUUCCAGCAUGUCACGUGGGUCAAUUUCGUUGUUCGAACGCACUUUGCAUUCCAAAUUCGUUUCAUUGUGACGGAUUCAGAGAUUGUUUGGAUGGAAGCGAUGAAGUGAAUUGUACGGGAAUCGCGUGUCCGGGCAAUAAAUUUUUAUGCCCACGUGGAGGACCGAAUGGUAGUCCGAAAUGUAUUUCCAGGUCUCAAUUAUGCGAUGGUAAAAAAGAUUGCGAGGAUUCAGCCGACGAAGAAACCGGAUGCUGUAAUUGUCCAUUACUUGGUUGUGAAUAUAAAUGUCAAGCUUCAUUGACAGGCGGAAGUUGUUAUUGUCCCGAGGGUAGUACAAUAUCAAAUGAUACAAAAACUUGUGUUGACAGAGAUGAAUGUUCCGAAUGGGGAUUUUGCGAACAGUUAUGUUCAAAUUUUCCCGGUAAUUAUAAAUGUUCUUGUACAUCCGGUUACGUUCUUUUGGAAAAUUCUUACUGUAGAGCACCUAACGGAUCAAAUGUAAAAAUUUUAUUUGCUCACGAUAAAAGCGUUUGGAGUUUAGAACAACAAGGCGGAAGUCAAACACUUUUAGCAAAUGCAACUCAAGCAAGCGGUUUGGAUUAUCAUUAUGAAAGAAAACUUUUGUUUUGGUCCGACACGAAAACGAGAAAGGUUUAUUCGCAACCCCUGUUUGGAGAAGGUUCUGAAGGUUCCGGUUCGGAAAUUUCUCUUCCCGGCACGUGGUCUCCCGUAUCGAUUGCCAUCGAUUGGAUCGGGGAUAAAGUUUACGUUACGGAUGGUAUAGGACAAAAAAUCGACGUUUUCGAAAUAGAUGGUCGUUGGCACGCAAUCGUUUUGGGAUCGAAUUUAACCAGUCCGGCCGAUAUCGGUCUCGAUCCAACUUCCGGUUAUAUGUUUAUAGCCGAUGGUAAUCAGGUUCUUAGAGCUAACAUGGAUGGUACAAACGUAAGAGCUAUUGUUGCUGAUGCAACGUAUAAAGCAUCGGGAGUUUCCAUUGACAUCAUUUCAAAACGAGUAUUUUGGUGCGAUUCCCUGUUGGAUUACAUAGAAACGGUUGAUUAUGAAGGAAAAGGAAGAGUUUUAAUAUUGCGAGGUCAAUCUGUUCCAUCGCCAUCUCGAUUAACAACUUUUGAAAAUCGUUUAUUUUGGUCGGAUUCAACAAAACAAGGAGUUAUGUCCGUCGACAAAUAUCAGGGCGCCAACUCAAUUUUAGCAGUUUAUCGACAAAGGAACGUUAGAGAACCGAAAGCUGUAAAAGCUUUACAUAGCCUCAUACAAGUUUAUGCAAGCAAUCCUUGUGGAAAUAAUAAUGGUGGAUGUCAACACAUGUGCAUUGUCACGGCACCUACUGAAGGUACCGGACAUUUAGCCUAUAGGUGCGCUUGUAAUAUUGGAUGGCGUCUUGCUUCAGAUCAACGGAACUGUAAUUUGGUCACGGAAUUUUUAAUGUAUUCACAACAAAGAUUUAUAAAAGGACGAGUUUUAGAUCCUGUUAUAAAAGGUUUUGCCGAAGCCAUGUUACCAGUCGUAUCAAGACGAGCUCGAUUUGUUGGUUUAGAUUUUGAUGCUCAAGAUCAACAUGUUUACUAUUCGGAUGUCCUUCAAGAUGUUAUUUACAGAACUCAUUUAAACGGAACAGGUCGGGAAAUUGUUUUGGCUUCUCAAAAUGAAGGAGUCGAAGGUUUAGCAGUUGAUUGGGCAGCUAAGAAUUUAUAUUACAUCGACAGCAGAAAAGGAACUUUGAAUGUUUUGAGCAUGAGAAAUGUAACUUACAAAAGAACAUUGUUGAAAAAUUUAAAAAGGCCGAGAGCAAUUGUUGUUCAUCCGAACAAAGGGUACAUAUUUUUUUCGGAAUGGGACAGACCAGCUAACAUAAGCAGAGCAAACAGUGACGGUUCUGGUCUUAUGGUAUUUAAAAAUGUCACUUUGGGUUGGCCCAACGGUUUAGCCUUAGAUUAUGAAACGGAUCGUUUGUAUUGGUGCGAUGCACUUUUGGAUCACGUUCAACAUUCUCAUUUAAAUGGAACAGAUGUUAAAACAAUAAAUUCUAGGUUUAUUAGGCAUUCAUUUUCAAUUGUUAUUUAUAAAGAGUGGAUGUACGUAACCGAUUGGAGAUUAGACGCCAUUGUUAAACUCCAUAAAAUAAAUGGAGACAUGGAAGAAAUUCUAGUCAAAGAACCUCAAACAAAUCGUUUAUACGGUGUUAAAGUGUAUAGCGAAGCAGUUCAAAAAAUCGAUCCGACUCAUCCUUGUGCCAUUAAUAAUGGAGGCUGUGAAAAAUUAUGUUUUGCAGUUAACCACCUCAAUAAGUAUUUGUGGCAAAGAGCUAAAUGCGGGUGUCCUUAUGGAGAACGUUUAAUCGAACCUGAAAAUAAAACUUGUACUGCUGAUCCACAAUCGGAACCACCCGUGCAAGCCUGUCCGAAUACGUGGGAUUUCACGUGUAGAAAUUUACGUUGCAUACCAAAAGCUUGGGUAUGCGAUGGAGAUGAUGAUUGUUUGGAUAAUUCAGACGAAGAACAAAAUUGUACAAAAUCGACAUGUUCUUUGAGCGAAUUUCAAUGCAGUUCUGGAAGAUGCAUUCCUGGAACGUUUAAAUGCGAUUCUGAAAAUGAUUGUGGAGAUUACUCUGACGAAACAGGUUGUGUCAAUGUCACGUGUGCUUUGUCUCAAUUUUUAUGUGAAAAUAAUAGAUGCAUACCGAACGCUUGGAAAUGUGAUUCUGAAAAUGAUUGCGGUGACGGAAGCGAUGAAGGAGAUUUUUGUGCUCAAAAAACAUGCGCAUAUUUUCAGUUUACGUGUCCUCGUUCUGGUCAUUGCAUUCCGCAAACGUGGGUCUGUGACGGAGACAAUGAUUGUUUUGAUAAUCAAGAUGAAGAAGAUUGUCCGCCUGUCACGUGUUCAUCAACUCAAUUUAAAUGUUCUGAUUUAAAACAGUGCAUACAAGAAUCGUAUAAAUGUGAUGGUAUAUCAGAUUGUACGGACGGAAGCGAUGAAUUGGGUUGUCCUUCGUUAGCUCCUGAUCAAUGCGAUUCUGAAAAACAAUUUCAAUGUCAAUCAUCCGGGAUAUGCAUUCCUCGAGCUUGGCAUUGUGAUGGUACUGCCGAUUGCGAUGAUGAAUCCGAUGAACCUCCGACGUGUGGAAAAGUAGAUUGUCAACAAGGUUAUUUCAAAUGUAAUAAUAGUCACUGUAUAUUUAAAGCAUAUAUAUGUGACGGAAGAGAUGAUUGUGGCGACGGAAGUGAUGAGGAUGCAAGGCAUGCAUGCGGUCCUCCACCUUUCGGCUGCAACGGUAAUGAAUGGCAAUGUCCUGGAGUCUCGGAAAGAUGCGUCAACAUAUCGGUUGUGUGCGACGGUAAAGCUGAUUGUCCAAAUGGUGCUGAUGAAGGUCCAGGUUGUGAUUUGGCUGAAUGUAAUCACAGAUCGGGACUUUGUUCAAACGGUUGCAAACAAACGCCAGUCGGAGCAGUUUGCACGUGUCCUCCUGGUGAAACUUUAUCAAACGACACAUACACGUGUCAAGACUUAAACGAAUGUGAGAAACCGGAAUCUUGUUCUCAACAUUGUCACAACACAAAAGGCUCUUAUUAUUGUACUUGCGAUGACGGUUACGAAUUAGAAUUGAAUAAACAUUUUUGUAAAGCAAUCAAUCACAGUUCAGCUUUCUUAAUAAUAUCCAAUCGACAUUCGAUACUUGUUGCUGAUUUGAAAGAGCAAGGAUUAGAAAGAGUACCGAUAAUUGUGGAAAAUGUUGUUGCCACGGCUUCUAACAUGCACACGGGUACAAUAUUUUGGUCGGAUAUGAAACUAAAGAAAAUUUCAAGGCUUGAUCGAAGUAGUGAACCUAAAGACAUAAUAACCAAUGGAUUAGAUUUAGUAGAAGGAUUAGCUUACGAUUGGAUCGGUGGUAACAUUUAUUGGUUAGACUCUCGUUUAAAUACAAUUGAAGUAGCUAGAGAAAAUGGAUCCGAUAGAAUGGUUCUUUUAAAAGAAAAUAUAACGCAACCAAGAGGAAUGUGUUUGGAUCCUAGUCCUGGAUGGUUAUUUUGGUCGGAUUGGGGUGAAAAUCCAAGAAUCGAAAGAGUUGGAAUGGAUGGUUUAAAUCGUUCUACCAUAAUCAACACAAAAAUUUACUGGCCAAACGGAUUAACGUUAGACGUGGCUACGAAAAGAAUUUAUUUUGCCGAUUCAAAACUUGAUUACAUUGAUUUUUGUUAUUACAACGGUAGCGGAAGGCAACAAGUAUUAGCCGGAAGUCAUUAUUUGCUUCAUCCUCAUUCUCUUACCCUUUUCGAAGAUACUCUUUAUUGGACGGACAGACAAUUGAAUAGGGUAUUAUCCGCUCAAAAAUUCCGAGGAAAAAAUCAAACGGUCGUAUCACAUUUGAUAUCUCAACCUCUUAGCAUUCACGUUCAUCAUCCGGCAUUGCAACCGAUAACUCCCAAUCCUUGUCUGAAUGCAAACUGUCAACAUUUGUGCUUGUUAUCACCUUAUUCGAGCACUGGAUACACGUGUAAAUGCAAACCUGGUUUUAAAACUUCUCCCAACGGCAAAUGUACCGAAGAGGAAUCUGCCUUUUUAAUGGUAAUGAAAGGAUCACAAAUAAUUGACGUGUCAUUAACACCAGGAGAUAAAACCGGAGGAUUUUUGACGGCGGUUGUUGGAAUCGAAGGUGGCCUUCAUUUAGAUUACGAUAGAAAAAUGCAAACGAUAUAUUGGGUCGAAGGAAAAGAAGAUGAUGAAGAAAACUGUACGAUUUAUGUAACACCCUACGGUGGAGGAAAUAAAACCGAAUUCCUCGGUAAGGAUUCAGGAUUGGUGGGAGCUGCGUAUACGAUCGCUUUCGAUUGGCUAGGAAGAAAUUUAUACAUCGCCAAUAGAAUAGCAUCAAAUUUUGAACUUAUUAAAGUUGAUGGUAAAGUUAAACAUAGAACCAUAAUAUUGGCAAAUGAUGGUAACAAACUGUCGGUGGCCAAGCCGAAAUCAAUGUGUCUGGAUCCUAGUGAGGGAAAAUUGUACUGGGUUGAUGAAGGUGGUUACGGAGUUCCAGCAAAAGUAGCCAAAGUAAAUAUGGAUGGUUCAAAUCCGGAAAUUUUAACGACUGAUAUUGAACGACCGGAAGCCAUAACGAUUGAUUUGGAUAAGAAAAUUUUAUAUUACAGCAUGCGACAUCCGGGUUACAUCAAAUCGAUGGCGACGAAUGGAGAAAAUAUUCGAGUUUUAUUAUCCGAAGAAAAUAAUCUUCAGCAACCGAAAGCUUUAGCUGUUGUGGACAGUCGAUUGUUUUAUUUGGAUCCGAUUUACGAUAAAAUAGAAAGAGUCGAUCUUCCAACUGGAGAAAAUCCAAAACUUAUUUUGGAUAAUGAAGUUGAUUUAAAAACUUUUGUCGUGUUUAAAAAAAGAUUAUCUUAUAACCAUCCAUGUAUUUUGGCCAACGGUGGAUGUUCACAAAUUUGUAUUCCCAGCGAAGGAAAUUCAAGGGUUUGCGCAUGCUCAGUAGGUUAUAAAAAAGAAAAUGAAGUCAAUUGCUCACCGUAUAAAACAUUCGCUGUUGUAUCACAAUUGGAUCUCAUCAGAGGUUACAGUUUGAAAGAUUCUGCCGAAGCCAUGGUUCCCAUUACCGGUCCAGGUCAUCAUAUACUUCACGUGGACGUUCAUUUUGCUCAAAACUGGAUUUAUUGGGUCGAAUUCAAUAGAGGUCAUUGGAAUGGAAUAUUUAGAAUAAGACCGAACGGUUCGGAAAUUCAAAGCGUCAUAAAAGAAGGAAUCGGUUCAAAUGGUAUUAGAGGGAUCGCCAUCGAUUGGAUCGCUGGAAAUUUAUAUUUCACAAAUGUUUUCCCACACGAAAAUUAUUUAGAAGUUUGUUGGUUGGACGGUAGCAAUAGAAAAGUCAUUUAUAAAACUACGACGGAUGCUCCCAGAGAACUCGCCGUCAAUCCCAUUAAGAAGUAUUUGUACUGGAUCGAUUACGGUCAGUAUCCUCGUAUAGGAAAAGCAUAUUUAGAUGGAACUCAUUGGACACCGGUCGUCACAUCCGGUAUCACUAAUCCUAGAGAUUUAACCGUUGACAUGCUAACUCAUGACGUAUAUUGGGUCGAUUCUAAAAUGGAUGUAAUUCAAAAAAUAGGAUUUUCAGGAGGUGCUCGACAGGUUAUAAGACGAAACCUGCCAAAUCCAAUGGGAAUCGCCGUUUAUAAAAGCGACGUGUAUUGGGUCGAUAGAAAUCUUCAAUCAGUUUUUAAAGCUUCGAAACUUAUCGGCAAUUCAUCUCAACCAAUAGCAGUUAGAACAAAUUUACAAAAACUUCGAGAUAUCGCAAUAUUCGAUAUAUUGAAUCAACCAGACGAAGAUUACAAUCCCUGCAAAAGGUUGGGCAAUGGAGGAUGCAGCCAACUUUGUUUCUCAUAUCCCACCAACGGUAGUUAUUCUUCUGCUCCAAGUUUUAAAUGUGAUUGUGCUAUCGGUUCCGUAUCUCCAGAUGAUCAAAAAAAAUGUACCACCUACGAUGAGUUUUUAGUUUUCUCGACAAGAACAGAAAUCCGAGCCAUCGAUCUGGAUCCGAGAUCGACCGUCAUUCCAUUUAAACCUCUCGCAAAUCUUACAAACGUUGUCGGAGUCGAUUUUGAUUACGACGACAAAAAACUUUUAUUUACUCAAAUCAGACCGUGGGCACGAAUCGCAUGGACGUCAAGUAAAAAUCCCGAUACCAUUCAUAACAUCAUCAAUCGAGGAAUAAAUCCGGAAGGUAUCGCCUACGAUUGGACACAAAAGAAAAUUUAUUGGACGGACAGCAGCAACAACAGCAUAUACGCAAUGAAUUUGGAUAAUUCGGAUUUGGUCAUGAUAGCUCGAGUAGAAAGACCCAGAGCCAUAGUAUUGGAUCCUUGCAACGGUUCAUUGUAUUACACCGACUGGGGUCGGUUCGGAACAUCCGGUAAAAUUUAUCGUACGACAAUGGCUGGAUCAUUGAAAAAAGCCAUAAUUGAAAAGGAUUUAUCACAGCCUAGCGGUUUGGCUAUUGAUUAUUCCGAGAGAAUGUUGUAUUGGACUGAUGCAGUGAGAGAAAAAAUAGAAAGAUCGUUUUUAAAUGGAACAUUUAGACAGGUUCUUGUCGCUGCAACGAUUUAUCCAUUUGCGAUAACCGUACAUGGAAAUUACAUUUACUGGACAGAUUUACAAUUGAGAGGAGUUUAUAGAGCGGAAAAACAUACUGGAGCUAACAUGAUCGAAAUGGUUAAGAGAUUAGAAGAUUCUCCAAGAGAUAUACACGUAUUUUCUAAAAGUAGACAAAUGUGUGACUCGAAUCCUUGCAAUAUCAAUAAUGGCGGUUGCGCACAAAGUUGUCAUCCUGGACCGAAUGGAAAAGCCGAAUGUAAAUGUGAUGAUAAUUCAAAAUUGGUUAACGAAAAUCGAAUGUGCGUUCCUAAAAAUUUAACUUGCGACAGUUCAAAGUUUUAUUGUAAAAAUGGUAAAUGCAUAUCGAGAAUGUGGUCAUGUGAUGGAGACAACGAUUGUGGGGAUGGUUCAGAUGAAGAUGUUAAUUACUGCACUUACCAUUCGUGUAAUCCUAACGAAUUUAGAUGUGCCAACGGUCGUUGUAUAUUCAAAUCAUGGGUUUGCGAUCAUGAAAACGAUUGUAAAGACGGUUCAGAUGAACUUGAAUGCGUGUAUCCUCCGUGUGAUUCAUCUGAAUUUACAUGUGCUAACUACCGAUGCAUUCCAAUGUCUCAGGUUUGCAACGGUGUCAACGAUUGUAAAGACAAUGUUACAUCAGACGAAACCCACGAAAGAUGCCCAAAGAAUACAACAUGUCCUCCAAAUCAUUUAAAAUGUUCCAAUACCAACAUUUGCGUCGAGCCCUAUUGGUUGUGCGAUGGUGAUAACGAUUGUGGAGAUAAUUCCGAUGAAGAUUCUUUACAUUGUGCUCAAAGGACUUGCCCUCAAAAUAGUUUUAGAUGUCCAAAUCAUCGAUGCAUUCCGGCCACGUGGUAUUGUGAUGGUGAUGACGAUUGCGGUGACGGAGCUGACGAACCACCAGAAUACUGUAAAUCCGAAGGAAGAACCUGUUUUGGAGAUUUAUUUACUUGCGACAAUGGAAAUUGCAUACCUAGAAUAUACAUUUGUGAUGGUGAUAAUGAUUGUUUGGAUAAUUCCGACGAAGACGUUCGACAUCAAUGCAACGACAGAAAAUGCGAUGAGGAAACUGAAUUUACCUGUACGGAAAACAAAGCCUGGAAUAGAGCUCAAUGCAUUCCUAAAAAAUGGAUUUGUGACGGGGAUCCAGACUGCGUUGAUGGAGCUGAUGAAAAUUCGACUCUUCACUCCUGUCCAUCACCGGUAUCCUGUGCUUCUGAUCAAUUUACAUGUGGAAAUGGUCGUUGUAUCAACAUGGGUUGGCUGUGUGAUCAUGACAACGAUUGUGGAGAUGGUACCGACGAAGGAAAAUUCUGUAAUGCUCAAUAUAAAACGUGUACACCUGAAGAAUUCAGUUGUCAAAAUUUCAAAUGUAUUCGUAAAAUAUAUCAAUGCGAUGGAGAAGAUGAUUGCGGUGAUAAUUCAGACGAAGUCGGAUGCAGUAAAACAAACUCAACGUGUCCAAACGGUCAGUUUAGAUGUAACGAUGGAAAAUGUAUAGACUACCAUUUGGUUUGUAAUAAAGUGUCGGAUUGUGCAGAUGAUAGCGAUGAACCACUUCAUUGUAACGUUGACGAAUGUGCAAAAGUUGAAAUUCAUCAAUGUAAUCAUAAAUGUGUUAAUACUCUUACGAGUUAUUAUUGCGAAUGUAAUCAGGGUUACAAAUUAAUGCCGGAUGGAAAAGCUUGUCGUGACAUAGAUGAAUGUACGGAAUUACCCGGCGCAUGUUCUCAAUAUUGUUCCAACACUCCAGGCGGUUAUUAUUGUAAAUGCAACGAUAAAUAUUACGAAAGAGAACAAGAUGAAAGAUCGUGUAAAAGAAAAGAUCGAAUACAACCCUGGCUUAUUUUUACAAAUAAAUAUUACGUGAGAAACAUGUCGACCGAUGCCAGCGUUUACAGUUUGGUUCAUAAAGAUUUAAUUAAUGUCGUGGCUUUAGAUUACGAUUUAAAAGAUAAAAAAUUGUACUUUUGCGACGUUAGCGCCAAAACCAUAUUCAGAUCCGAUAUCGAUGGAAUUGAUGUUAAAGAACCGGUAAUUAGACAUGAUAGUCACGGAUUGGAAGGAAUUGCUGUUGAUUGGGUCGGUAGAAAAUUAUAUUGGCUUGAUAGACAUAGUAAACACCUUGAGGUAUCAGAGUUAAAUGGUGUGAAUAGAAAAACGUUAAAAUCUGGCAUUGCCGAUCCGAGAGCGAUUGCUGUUCAUCCAGGUGUAGGAUAUUUGUACUUCACAAGUUGGCAUUUACAGGCUUACAUUGGAAAAAUUGGAAUGGAUGGUUCAAAUUUCACUAGAAUUUUAACUUGGAAUGAUGAUAUUGCUUGGCCGAAUGCUUUAACGAUCGACUACUUUACUGAUAGAAUUUAUUUUGCUGAUGCUCAUUUAGAUUAUAUUGCUUAUACGGAUUUAGAAGGAAAGCAUCGCCAUAUUGUUUUGAGCGGACAAAAAGUGCCUCACGUAUUUGCUCUUUCAUUAUUUGAUGAUGAUGUUUACUGGACCGAUUGGAACAUGAAAGCUAUUAGUAAAGCUAAUAAAUUUACCGGAAAAGACAUGAAAAUACUUCGUAAUACAACUCAUAGACCCUACGACUUGCACAUAUAUCAUCCUCUUCGUCAGUUGCCCUAUCCGAAUCCGUGUAAUCAAAACAACGGUGGAUGUUCCCAUCUCUGUUUAUUAGCACCUGCUGCAAAUGGAAAACCUCGUAACCCAUUCGGUUAUGGCGGUACCGAUACUCCGGUUAAUUAUUCUUGCGCUUGUCCAAAUCAAUUUUAUUUACUUGCCGAUGGUAAAACAUGCAUGGCUAAUUGUACAGCCGGUCAACAUCAUUGUGGUGGAAACGAUCAAAAAUGCAUUCCGUGGUUUUGGAAAUGUGAUGGCGAAUUGGAUUGUAAAGAUGGCUCCGACGAACCUUCGACUUGUCCUGUAAGAACGUGUCGAAAUGGAAUGUUUCAAUGCGCAAAUAAUAAUUGCACAGCUUCGGCUAAUAUUUGUGAUGGUGUUAAUGAUUGCGGAGAUAUGUCGGAUGAAAAGAAUUGUGAUCUUCCUUGUCCUGAAAUUGAAUUUAAAUGUAAAAGCAAUGGCCGAUGCAUACUCAAUUCGUGGAAAUGCGAUGGAGAUCCAGAUUGUAAAGAUGGCAGCGAUGAGGAUCCUCUAAUGUGCCAUAAUAGAAAAUGCGAUCCAGAAACAGAAUUUUCUUGUAAAAAUGGCCGCUGUAUUCCAAAACUUUGGAUGUGCGAUUUUGAUAAUGAUUGCGGAGACGAUUCGGAUGAGCCGGCUUUUAAAUGUCGACAAAGAAAUUGUACAAAUGGAUGGCAACGUUGUCCCGGACGUACUAACUACAGAUGCAUUCCUAAAUGGUUGUUCUGUGACGGUAAAGACGAUUGUCGCGAUAACAGCGAUGAAAAACCGGAAAAUUGUCCUAAAUGUCAAGAUACAGAUUUCCGAUGUGGAAACAAUCGUUGUAUUCCAAAGAGAUGGCUUUGCGAUCACGAAAACGAUUGUGCCGACAAUUCAGAUGAAACGGAUGCCUUGUGCAAAGGAGUUUACAGAGAAUGUUCUGAAAGUGAAUUCCGGUGCGGAAACGGGAAAUGCAUACCUCAAAGAUGGCGUUGCGAUCACGAUGAUGAUUGCGGUGAUAAUUCGGAUGAAUCAGGUUGUGCUGAUUUUAAAUGCAAGAACGGUUCGUUCCAAUGUGCAAGCGGCCACUGCAUAGCAUCUUACCUACGAUGCGACGGAGAAAAAGAUUGCAGAGAUUUAUCCGAUGAGAAAAAUUGUCCUCCGAGGUAUCCGAAUGGACGAUACUGUCCGGUGACGCAAUUUCAAUGUGCAAAUCAUUUAUGUAUACAACAUAGCGAUUUGUGCGACGGAGCCGACGAUUGCCGAGAUAAUUCCGAUGAAAAUCCAUCCGUUUGCAAUAAUUUUAACUGCGAUACGCUACAAAGAUUUCAAUGCGACAAUCAUCGAUGCAUACCUAGGUAUCACCUUUGCGACGGAGUUGACAAUUGCGGUGAUGGAAGUGACGAAAGAAAUUCAACCGUUUGCUCAUUUAGAAAUAAACCGUGCAACAGAGAUAGAGAAUUUCAGUGUGCGAAUAAAAAAUGCAUUGACAUCUCGAAAGUUUGUGAUUUCGGUGAUGACUGCGGUGAUGCUUCAGACGAAAAGGGAUGCCAUCGAGCUCAUGAAUGUGAUGCGGAAACGAGAGGGGGAUGCGAACAAAACUGCGAAAACAUCGACGGACCCGGAUCCUCUUUGAAGGGAUUCAUCUGUACCUGUUUACCGGGAUUUAAAAUCUCUGAUAAAAAUAAGAAAAAAUGUGAUGACGUCGACGAAUGCGAAACCGGAACUCAUAAAUGUUCACAAAUUUGUACUAAUUUGAACGGUACCUAUGUUUGUUCCUGUAGAGAAGGUUUCACUUUGAGUGAUACACUUACCGGCGUCUGUAAACUCAACGAACCUGAAUCUUUGACUCUUUUGUUUUCUAACGGACCGCAGAUCCGUGCGUACAAAAUGGAAAAACGGGAAGAAUUAAACGUCAUAUCCGAAGAAAAAAGAAUUAGUUCGAUAGAUUUCGAUCCGAAACAGGAAAUGAUUUUCUGGGUAGAUUCUUACGAUAACACAUUAAAACGUUCUUAUAUGGUAGAUGCUAGACAAGGUGUCGUCAAAGCUGGAUACCCACAAGAUCUUAAUAUAAGAGCUCACGCUAAGCCGACAAGUGUUUCCGUCGAUUGGGUGAGUAACAAUAUUUACUGGACGGAAGUUCAGCCAACUAGUCAGAAAAACAAAGGAAAAGUUGUUGUUGCUAAAUCGGACGGAAGGUAUAGAAGAUCCCUUGUUUCGAACAAUUUAGAAAGUCCAACAUCUAUAGCUGUGGAUCCCGAAUUAGGAAAAAUGUUCUGGGCGGAUUCUGGUUAUUCUCCAAAAAUUGAAAGCUCUUGGUUGGAUGGUAGUAUGAGGACGACCAUUGCAACCGACGGUGUCGGACAUCCGACCGGUCUCGCUAUAGAUUUCAGCAUGGAUAAUAAAAUUUAUUGGGCUGAUACGAAAUUGAAUACGAUCGAAUCGAUGAACUACGACGGAAGCGGAAGACAAGUCAUAAUAAAAGGAGACUAUUUGAAACAUCCGGUUUCACUGGACGUGUUUGAAAGUUCGGUGUUUUGGGUAACUCGGGAUACUGGAGAAGUCGUAAAACAGGAUAAAUUUGGUAGAGGAGAUCCUGUAGUUGUUGCUAAAGACUUACUUAAUCCCUCUGACGUCAAAGUUUACCAUAAAGCAAGAUAUAAUACGACAAUAUCGAAUCCAUGCCACAGCAAUCCGUGCUCGCAUCUUUGCCUUUUAGUGCCUAACGGACAUCGUUGCGCGUGUCCUGAUAACGCGAAUCCUCUUUCUAAAGGACAAAGCGAAGUUCAGUGCGACGCAGCAUCCGAACGUGCCAGACCUGAUCCAAAAAUUUGUCUGUGCCAAAAUGAUGGAAUCUGCAGAGAAUCAGAUUCUGGAGAAUUAAUUUGCGAAUGCCCUCAAGAUUUCCAGGGUCGGUACUGUGAUAAUUACGUAGGAGUAUCUCGUUCAAGCACAUCAAAUUCAACGGCAGCCACCGUCUUAAUACCAAUAUUAGUUUUGCUCCUUUUAACAGCUAUUGGAGCCGCCAUCUUUUUCAUUAUUAGAAAGAGACCAUUCGGAAAAGGAGGCGGAUUAGGAGGACUAACAAAUUCACAAAGCGUUUCAUUUAGACAAGGAACAAACGUUGAAUUCGGGUCACCAGUAUUUCCGUCGAACGGACCAGCGGUCGAACCGUUGGACGUAGCAUACAAUUUAGAUAACAUCAAUAGUAAAAAUAGAGACUUCAGCAAUCCAAUGUACGAAUGCGCGGUAGAAAAUCAGGGUAACGGUUCGGGUAUCUACGAAGUUCCAACGGAGGUAUCGAAAAAAGGUAUCGAACCCGUACCUCCGGCAAGUGCUGUACUCGCACCUUCGAGCGUAGUCACAAGAACGUCACCUCAAAUACACAUCAGACACAGGGAACUCGAUCCUAGUUCCGACACGGGAAAAGACACUCAAAAACUCGUGGAAGAAGACAAAUCAGAAUGCUAG